AUGUCACUUUCCACGUCUGCAUUCGAACCAAGCUCCCUCUCCUCCUCAGCCUUCACCUUCGCAUCCAGAGCUACAUCUGACUCGGAGGAUGAUGUGGCAUCGCUUCCAUCCUCUUCCGGAUCUGAUUCAUUCCUUGAUCGUGACCACCUAUCGAUAGCCAGUGAUGAUGAGUCCGAUGCGGAAGCAGAGUGGAGGGAGAGCAUUCAGCAGUUGGAAAUGCUAUUAACACUGGUUUUGAUACCAUUUGUUGGGAAAUUCCUUGGAAGGAAAUGUGCGUAUUGGGGAUGGGGGAAGGUGAUGGGAUGGAAAUACCCUGUUGAUGUUUCAAUCUCAGGCAAUAUCGAUGCCUUCCGGAAUGACAAAACCCACCGUGCGUUACCACCUCUUUAA